UGGCGCUGCGGGUUUAACUUCUCCGCCUCGAUCGAGGAAAGUUUUAGUCGUAAUACUACUGCUUGCGUGGGGAUCGGGGAUGAACUCCCAUUUUUGUCGGUCACCCGGAGGGGUUCGAUGUCGCUGCGUAAAUUGUUAAAGGUUCACAGUUAGCUAUCAUUUUGGUGAGUUUUUUUCGGGCUCCUGGUUGUGUCAAAGUCAGUGCACAACCCCGCAGCGCAGGAUCCUCGUAAGGAAAGCAGGUAAGGGGGUGCCAUGCCAGCUGCUGCUCCCCUGCUGCUCCUCCUCGCCAUCUGGUGGUGGCCGCUGGUACUGCUGCUGCUGCUGCCUCCGCUCCCCCUCGCCCUGACACAGGUGGAGGGGGUUGUCUCCGCGGGAGCCCCGCCCUCCUUCACCGUCCUGUCCGACUCGCUGAACGUUUCGCUCAAAGGCGCCCCCCUCAGCCACCUCCUCCUGGAUCGCAGCUCGGGGCAUCUCUACGUAGGGGCGGUGAACGCACUCUAUCACCUCUCCCCUGACCUGCGACUUCUCUCCUGGGGCAAAACCGGCCCCAAGCUGGACAGUCCUGACUGCCUGCCCCCCAUCGACCCGCAUGACUGCAACCAGGCCAAGGAGACAGACAACACCAAUAAGAUCCUGCUCCUGGAGGAGGGCGGGGCCAGGGAGCGGAGCCUCAUCGUGUGCGGGACUGUGCUCCAGGGCAUCUGCGAGAAGAGGAGCCUGGGAAAUGUGUCGGUGGUGCUGUACCAGACGGACAACCCCGUGGACACGCAGUACGUGGCGGCCAACGACCCGCGGGUGUCGACGGUGGGCGUGGUGGUGGAGCAGAGGGGCGCCCUGCUGAUGCUGGUGGGGCGGGGCUACACCAGCAAAGGUCCCGGCGGGAUCCCGCCCAUCACCACGAGGCGCCUGGUCCCCAGCCCCAGCCACUCGGCCCCCGCCUUCUCCCACGAGGAGCUGGGCAAGCUGGUGGUGGGCAGCUACUCCGAGUUCAACAACCACUUCGUCACAGCGCUGCUCCACAACAAUCACGUCUACUUCCUGUUCUCCCGCCGUGACGUCUGGGGCAAGCGGGAGUACCGCACCUACGUCUCCCGCCUCUGCGCUGGGGACCAGUUCUUCUACUCCUAUGUGGAGGUGCCCCUGUCCUGCAGCGGUGGCUACAACCUGGCGCAGGCGGCCUCCCUAGGGGUGCUCCGGGGCGCCCCGACGCUCUUCGUCGCCAUGGCGGCCGGCCAGGCGUCCACGCCCACCCCCACGCCGCGCUCGGCGCUGUGUGCGUUCAGCAUGGCCGAGCUGGACCGCGCCCUGCAGCGCGCCCAGCUGCUCUGCUACACGGAGAAGGGCCGCAACGCGCAGGGCCAGGAGGAGGCCUACAUCGAGUACGAGGUGUCCUCGGAGUGCCUGAACCUGCCUCAGGACUCUCUGAGUGAGUACCCCUGUGGAGGGGAGCACACGCCCAGCCCCAUCGCCAGCGCCGUCCCCCUUCCUGCCGCACCCAUCCUGACCCGGAACACCCAGCUGACUGCCGUAACCACGGCCACCGAAGCCAAUCACACCAUAGUGCUGCUGGGAGACAAGAGAGGGCAGCUGCACAAGGUGUUCCUGCAGCCCAAUAACACCGGGACUCUGUACGAGACCGUGCAGGUGGACAAGGACAGCCCGGUCAACGCCGACCUGCUGCUGGACGCUGCGGGACUGAGCGUUUACGUCAUGACGGAGAGCCGGGUGAUUAAGGUGCCGGUGUCUCAGUGUGGACAGCACUCAGACUGUGCAUCCUGCCUGGCAGCCCGGGACCCGUACUGCGGCUGGUGUGUGCUGGAGGGGAGGUGCACUCGCAGGCCGGAGUGUUCCCGCCACAAGAGGCCCAAUCAUUGGCUGUGGAGUUACGACGGCGGCAGCAAGUGUGUGACGAUGCAGAGCGUCAGGCCUGCCAUUCAGAGCCGAGAGGAGCGGACAGAGGUCUCUCUCACAGUUGCACAGUUGCCCUCUUUGUCGGAGGAGGAGUCUCUGUCUUGCUCUUUCGGAAACCUGAACGUUCAGCCUGCAGUUGUCAAGGCGACCAGCAUCACAUGUCAAUCACCCCCGCCAGAACUCCUCCCACCGAGCCCUCCCGGCAGUGAUCAUGUGUCCCUGCGGGUAGCCCUGAUGUUUGGGGAAGUGAUUGUCUCCCACACCAACAUGACCUUCUACGACUGCAGGGCUGCAGGACAGCUCAACACCACCUCCCCGUGCAUGGCCUGUGUUGGCAGCAGGUGGCCGUGUAACUGGUGUGCUUUGGACCAGCUGUGCACCCACACUAAGGCCUGUCCCCAGCAGCACAUCAUCUACAACGUACUGGCCCAGGAGCUGGAGCCUCGAGGCGUGGAUUCCUGUCCCUGUGUUUGGGCCUUGCAGGGCUCACCUCUGGUCCCGGUCGGGUUCGACACGCAGCUGGUUCUGCUGGGGAGGAACCUGAACCUGUUUGAGGAUGAAGAGCAGUACAUGUGUGUGGUGGAUAUAGAGGGGGAAGAGCUGAAACUACCAGCUACCCUGGAGAAGGGCAAAGACGCACAGACCCACACCAUCACCUGCGCUACUCACCAGUUUCAGUACUCUGCCGGGCAGCUGGAGUACCCCGCCCCUGUGUUCCUGAUGAGGGGCUCCUCCCAGCGCAUCGACUCCACCCCGUACCUGCGCUUGCAGCUGUACAACUGCACAGUGGGGCAGUCAGACUGCAGCCAGUGCCACGCGGUGUCUGCGCAGUACGGCUGCGUGUGGUGCGGAGGGGCCACGCCCAGCUGCAUGUACACCCGCUCCUGUCCCACGAGCCCUGAGGCGAGCUGCCCCCCUCCCCAAAUCACCCAGAUCCAGCCCCUGACGGGCCCCCUGGAGGGUGGCGUCCUGGUGACCAUCUCGGGCUCCAACCUGGGCCAGCGCUUCCAGGACAUCGAAGGAGGGGUGGCGGUGGCCGGGGUGAGCUGCCUGCCACGGCCAGAGGCCUAUCUCAUCUCCACCAGGAUUGUGUGCGAGCUGAAGCCCAGCACAGAGGAGACUCAGGGCCCCGUGACAGUGACGGUGGGGGAUGCCACACCGGGACGGUCCCCGCAGAUCUUUACCUACCAGGAUCCCCAGCUCAUAGGGAUUGUGCCUGGGAGAGGCCCUGUCUCUGGUGGCACAGCUCUCACAGUGCAGGGGACCCAGCUGCUGACAGGACAGAGGAGUGACCUGACUGCCUAUGUCGGCCUCCACCCCUGCUACAUAGUGGAGGAGGUGAAUGACACACAGCUGGUCUGCCGCACCAGCCCUGGAAGACAGACCGGAGAGCUACAGGUCAGAGUGCUGUUUGGCAAGGCAGAGAGGAUUGUGGGAGAUGCAGUCUUCCAGUACAUGGAUGACCCAGUCAUUACUGAGGCAGAACCAGCAGAGAGCUUCUUUGGGGGUGGGCGUGCUAUUAGAGUUAGUGGGCAGAACCUUGACGUGGUACAACAGCCAAUGAUAUCAGUGUGGGUGGAGCCGGUGAAAGAGAAGGAAACCAAUGGAAGAAAGAGACGAUUUAGUCAACCUACAGCCAAAAAUCCACACGUCCUACUCAACAGCAGCAUCCCAAAGAUACAGGAACCGUGCACUGAAGUCUCCUCGGAUCAGAUGACCUGCGUGACGCCUCCCGUGCCGCAGAGGUCGAAGGUCAUGGGGGUGUGGUUCGAGCUGGACAACGUGCGAGUGGGCUUCACUAGUGUCAGCGGGAAGCCUUUCACUUACCACCAGGAUCCCGUUCUCUACCCCCUCAACCGGGACAGCCCAGACCUCCCUUACCGCUUCAAACCGGGAGGGGUUAUCGCUGUGCAGGGUGAGAACCUGACCCUGGCGAUGACCCGACAGGAAGUGGUUGCUCGAUUAGGGCUGGAGGAGUGUGAGGUGAAGACGCUGGACAGCACACACCUCUACUGCGAACCCCCAGAGAACCAGCCCCUCAGCCGUGACGGCUCUGACACCCCACCCACCCUCCGCGUGAUGAUGGGAAAGCUGGAGUUUGACCUGGGCCCGGUACAGUACGACAGUGACACCCUACCCCCCGUCCCCCUGGCGGCUCAGGUGGGCCUGGCAGCGGGGGCCGCAGUGGUGGUGCUGGUGGUGCUGGUCAUCAUUCUCAUGUACAGGAGGAAGAGCAAGCAGGCUCUGCGGGACUACAAGAAGGUGCUGGUUCAGCUGGAGACCCUGGAGAUUAACGUGGGGGACCAGUGCCGGAAGGAGUUCACAGACCUCAUGACUGAGAUGAUGGAUCUCAGCAGUGACGUGGGUGGCCCGGGAAUCCCUCUCCUGGACUACCGCACGUACGCCGAGCGCGUCUUCUUCCCUGGUCAGAGGGGGGCGCCGCUGAGCCAGAACCUGGACCUGCCGGAGUCCCGUAGACAGACGGUGGAGCAAGGCCUGGGGCAGCUCAAUAACCUGCUCAACAACAGGCUCUUCCUCAUCAGGUUCAUCCACACCCUUGAGGCCCAGCAGAGCUUCUCUCAGAGGGACCGGGGCUAUGUGGCCUCCCUGCUCACCAUGGCUCUGCACGACAAGCUGGAGUACUUCACCGACGUCAUGAAGACUCUGCUGGGAGACCUGGUGCAGCAGUAUGUGGACAAGAACCCCAAACUAAUGCUGCGAAGGACUGAAACGGUGGUUGAGAAGAUGCUGACCAACUGGAUGUCCAUCUGUCUCUACUCCUUCCUCAAGGAGGUUGCCGGAGAGCCUCUCUACAUGCUGUACCGGGCCAUUAAGUACCAGGUGGAUAAAGGACCUGUGGACGCAGUGACGGGGAAGGCCAAACGCACUCUGAACGACAGCCACCUGCUGAGAGAGGACAUCGAGUACUGCUCUAUGACCCUGACAGUGGUGGUGAAGAGUGGAGCGGAGGUCCAGCACUGCCCGGUCAAGGUGCUGGACACCGACACCAUCACCCAGGUCAAGGACAAGAUUCUGGACCAGAUCUACAAAGGGGUUCCCUACUCCCAGAGGCCUUCAGCAGACUCCCUAGACCUGGAAUGGCGAUCUGGACAGGCAGGUCACCUGACCCUGUCAGACGAUGAUGUCACGGCCAUCAUUCAGGGCCGCUGGAAGAAGCUCAACACUCUGCAGCACUACAAGGUGCCAGACGGUGCCACGGUGGCUCUGAUCCCCCGCUCCCAGAGCUCCGUCCAGAUGGGCGUCAGUCAGGUGUACCAGACCGGAGAGAAGACACCCAUGCUGGAGGGGGAGGAGGAGGAAGGGUUGCGUCUGUGGCACCUGGUGAAGUCCAGUGAAGACCCCGAGAUUCCCAAACACCGCAAGAGCAGCAUGAGGGAGAGGGAGCGGGCCAAGGCCAUCCCUGAGAUCUACCUCACACGCCUGCUCUCCAUGAAGGGCACCCUUCAGAAGUUUGUGGACGAUGUGUUCGUGGCCAUACUCAGCACGAAGCGCCCCCCACCCAUCGCGGUCAGGUUCUUCUUCGACUUCCUGGAUGACAUGGCGGAGAAGCAUGGCAUCGACGACCCUGAGACCGUGCACAUCUGGAAGACCAACAGCCUGCCCCUGCGGUUCUGGGUGAACAUUCUGAAGAACCCCCAGUUCGUCUUUGAUGUGCAGGUGACGGACAGUGUGGAUGCCGUGCUGUCCGUCAUUGCACAGACCUUCAUCGACUCGUGCACCACGUCAGAGCACAAAGUGGGCCGGGACUCCCCUGUGAACAAACUGCUGUACGCCAGAGAGAUCCCCAGAUACAAGCAGUUGGUCGAGAGGUAUUACAGUGACAUCCACAGUGCAGUUUCAGGCUGUUACCAGGAGAUGAAUUCCACUCUCACAGAGCUGUCGGGGAGUUUUGCGUCAGAGAUGAACAGCUUGGUGGCUCUACAUGAGCUGUAUAAAUACAUCAACAAGUACUACGACCAGAUCAUCAUGUCUCUGGAGGAAGAUGCUGCGGGCCAAAAGAUGCAGCUCGCCUACCGGCUGCAGCAGGUCGCCGCCCUGGUGGAAAAUAAAGUCACCGACCUGUGACCCACCCGCUGGCUGUCGUCGUCAAACGCUUCUUUGGCUCUGGGAUGGGCGUUGCACUCAGGGCUGUCUGAGGUUCACAACCUAGUGGAAAAGCACACACUCUGUAAAGGCAAACACUGGAGUUCCCAGUACUCUCUGCUCUGAAUUCAGAUUCAUUAUGGGAUCCCGUCUCUUUCCUUUUAGUGGGAUCUCAGAGAGACAGAAUGGAGUAGGACUCUCCUUUCUGAAACAGAUUGGCGAGGGAGCUAUAACUGACUUGCAAGAAAGUUUUGCUGUAUGUGUUGGAGCGUGGGUGCUUGCGCGUGUGUGAGCGUGUGUGUGAAUAUGUGUGUGAAUAUGUGUGGGAGCGUGUGUGUGUUUGUGUGUUUGUGUGUGUGUGUGUGUGUAAAUUGUCCGCUCGCUGUUUGCAUGUACGGGCUUGUGGAUGUGUAUGCUCUUGUGAGUUAGUAAAUUGUCCUUCAGUGGCAGCAGUGAUAUGGGAAUCAAACAAUGAUUCAAACAUCAGUCAGUGCUGUGACCUCAGCAAUCCUUUUUUGUACAGUGAGUAAUCAUAGGAGCCACAGAGUGAACCUGCAGGAUAUGCUGCCAACAUGUUGAAAUGUUACAGACUUUAUUGCAUCUGCGCAGAUUUUUGUGAUCUGUCUACAGCACCACCUCUGUAGAUCCCACUUAUAAUACAGGAGGGGCCAAGAUCAUCAGAUCCCACCAUUUGGAAGGACAUAUAAGCUGUUUAUAUUCUCACCUAUGAAACUGGUGAAUUUUAAAUUGAGUUCACAUGUCCAAAUGUGUGUGGAAGAAAAUGACAUGCAAUACUUUUAAAACAGUUUCCUCCCCGGGCCUGUGGAAGAUAACACCUUGGAAGGAUGUUAUCUUAAAAAUCUGGGAAAUGACCACUGUUGACGUUUUGAAUACUGACUUGAAAUCUGAGUGUUUAUAGUUACUAUUAUAAAUUCUGUUCAGUUUAACAGAACGGAAUGUCUACUUUGAAAUGCAGUUGUGUUAUGGGUCUGUAUGACAAUGUAGUUAUUCGUUUAACUGUUUUUUUUUCCGAUGGAGUACUAAUCCUAGACAGUCACUGAACAUGUGCCAAUACAGCUAUUUAAUGCUUGCUUUUCUCAAGAGCAAGGACCCCCAUAAGCAAAGGGGGAUAUAAGCGUAUAUUAUUCUCUGGUGUCUUCCUGUCAGUUUCUUUUGUUAUGAACAAGGUCAUUCAUCAAUUCAAUGGCAUGGUAAUUGUUAAUUUAUUCUUAUCUAAGAGAUCCUCCAGCAGUUCAUUAAACAGUCUCUGCUGGAUUUUAAUAAACAUGAGCCACGCUUAUGCAGCAUGAAAACAAAACUGAAUGAGGAUUGUAAAUAUUAGAAUGUGGAAUGGAACAUGGAGAUUUUUUUUUUUUUUUUUUACCUUUGAACAAGUUUAGCGUUCUCAGCUUGAAGUGCUGGUCCACUGUGCUGUUGUGGCCAGAAAGCAACUACACUGCUCCAAUAGACCUACCCUACGAAGAGCCUUCUUAAAUCUACAGCACGUGUGUUAUCGAUGAGCAGGACUCAGUGGGGUUUCCUCGAAGCUAGACCAAAAUGAACAGUAUUGAUUUGUGCAGGUCAUCAAAAUACCUUUUCAUUUCAAGUAAAUACAGUACUCCUUUGACGGCAAGUGCAUAGCAAUAAACGUGAGAAUAAAAACUGCCAGGGGCUGGAAUGGUGAUGUGUGGGGCCGCAGCUGUUCAGACAGGCAGGACCAGAUGUUGCAGGAGGUGGGGUCGGUGGGAACAUUGUGCAGGCUUGUAACUUCACUUUUAUCUGUGACUUAAGUGCUGCAUCCCAGCUCCAACCAUGGGCUGGUGUUCUAGAAGAGACACUGUAUAGAGACUAACUUAUUUACUGUAAAUAGUGCUUAUUUAUACACAAUUGCCAAAUGUGCCUUCCUUUAAACCAGUUUUAAAUGAUUACUAAAUGACACAGACUGAAUAAAUUUCAGUAUGAAUUAUUUGCCAAAUAAAAAAAAAAUGUGGCAAAAAAUACAGUGGAUUUGUCCUGAGCAACAGUCCUGAUCUGAAAUGAUAAAGAAAGUCAGACAGGCCCAGGCUCCUGUCUCUGUUAUCACAGUACUAAUACUGAAGGAAGUGGAAAUGACUAGUGUUUCUCUUCGGCUUACUGUCAGUGUUCACGACCUCUGUGCUCAGUAGCUUUAGUUAAAAUCACUUUAAACUUGGUCAGAUUCCUUACCCGUUGCUGAGUACAGCGGCCUUUUCUCGGGGUCUGCCUGACUUUGCAAGGGCUCUUGUGAGAAGAGGAGAGAGGUGGUGGUGUACAUAGAGAAAAUUUGAGUAUUAAUCUAUAGAUUGUAAACUCUUCAGUCCUUAAUCUGAUUUUAUCUGUAGCACUUUGUGUUGUUUUUUUUAUUUUUAAACUUUUCCAGCCCCCUUUUUAAACUUGCAGACAGUGUAUAAAGAGACAGUUGGUGUACAGAUGGUGAUUACUCCCUGAUCACUGUGCUGUUUGUGAGCCCUGAAUGUUUGUGUGCAGAGUCUGCUAGGUUCACUUGGAGGGAGGGUUUGAGGGAGUGUGCAGCAGAGCAAGGCACACACAGAAUGAAGUAUCAUCAGACUCCAUUCUUAGUCAUGACCUGGGAGACAUGGACCGUUUGGCUUCCAUAUAAAUGCUUGUGUUGGAUUACAGGCAUUUAAAUAUUUCAGGCUGAGCUGUCGACUCGUUCGAUGAACCUUUUAAAUUAACUAAUUUAUGUAUUUAUUUGUAUUUAACUGGAGCCAUCAGGGUUUUUUCCUCAUGUUUAAUGAGGCAGUGCAGUUACCCCCACUCCCCCCUACAACCCAACCCCUCCCCCCCUUAGAACGUACGUCAUCAGGAAGAGACCAAACACCACUCCACACUGCUGCGAAUGUCCGUUGAAAUUCUAUUUAUGCCUGUGUUUGUGUUAGCCUGUUGGUUGUUUAGCUCUGUGUGUUUUUGCCUACAGUUGUGGUCUUGAUUAAUAUAAUUUUCCCUUGCAUGUUUGUGAUGAUGUUUAAUGCCUGGCUGGAUAUUUGUGCACACCUGCUUGGUUGGGUGUUUGUGUAUGUGCGUGUGCAUGACACGUGUGUGCGUGUAAGUGCGUGUAAACUAAAGUUCUUGAAUGUCCAGUCUUUGUGUUGACGCGCUUGUGGACGUCAGUAAAACAGUUGUCACUGGUACACUACAAGUUCCUUUUGGUGUCGUUGGUGGAGAGACUGACAGCCCGGGCAAAUUGAAUUCCACGUCUUCCUUUCAGCACUCUUCCAUAACCCUGCAGCCAUCGCUCCUUCACUUCGCGGUGUCCUUUUCAUUAAAGGGAUUCUCAACUCUUUAGCCUCUGUGGCAGCAACAGCACAUGUGCUUUUUUAUCAUGAUUCUAUUUUAGAUAGAGAACAAUUGAACAAUUGGGACUGAGGCCUCAGGUAUAGUAUCACAAUCGACAUUUUACUUUUUUUUUCACUAGGAAAAGGAAUAGUGCAAUUUUUUUUAAGGAAAUUGGAACUAAAAGAAGUGAACUCAGCCUUAUGUUUUACACUUUUGUAUUUGUAUUGUGUAUAGUUUGCUAACCAUUGUGUAUAUGUGCCUGUAAAUAUCGUGAAGAGAAGCUGUUCGUACUGUUGAGCUGAAUGGAACUACUCACUGUAUCAUUUGCAGACGAUUUGGAAGCCAAAAUGAUAAACUGAAUGAUUUAUAUGG